UUGGCAAGCAACACUCUGGAAUGAUAGCCCACAGUCCACGCCGUGGAAAUCAGUUCGUGAUCUUUUCCAACAAGGGCACCAAUUCCAUCUUCCCGACUCUGAGCAAUGAAUGUCGCGGGCGCGGUGGCACCGAUGUUUUUGGAUGUCUGGCAAAGGGGAAACUGCAGUUUGCCUCGGUUUAUGCAGCCAACACCACCGUUUGCGGGAAGGGUGCAACAACGACGAGUUCGAGCGUCCUCAAACAUGCUAGCGGGCUGUAGCGCUGUGGAUCGGCAUCGUGCUGCUACGACAGACAUCCUUCAACGGGGGUAGCGCAAACCCCUGGGCCCGAAUUGCGCAGAAGCCAAACAAUCUGACGUAAGACCCAAACCUGAUGCGACUGUGCGCAUCGCUACGGGUGGUCCUCCCCUUCUAGACUAUUAGCCGCGGGAGGGAUGGACCAGAGGUGAAGUGCGGAAGAAACGGGGGUGCGCCCAAAUCUCGGAAAGCGCGAUGGGCACGAGCAACGCAGGAGUCGCGCCACGGGGCGAGGGACCGCAUGCGGCCUUUCCACAACCCGUGCGUGCCGCCGCGAAGCGAGGGAACGCAUCCGCGCCCAAUGCGCUGGAUGGGGCGACCUCGCCAAAAGCUCGGGCGCCAACACAACAGCCUGGCUUGCUCCGCAAGCGCCCUCACUGAUUCUGUCCGCGGACCGCGCCGGGGCUGGCUGCGGAGCGAUGGCGGCUCGGGCUCCAUGGGCGGCCCCGCCAGGCUAUCUGCCCAGCCGCUGCGUGGCGCCUUGUCAGGUCCCAGUGCGCCGGUGGCGGCUUCGGCAGCGGCGGGCCGGCGAACUGCCCGUCGGGGAGGUCCAGGUUCAUCACCUC